UCUUUGGCUCCCUCCUUCCGCGCCGAGUCUCAGGAGAAGCCGCAUCGCGAGGCUCCGCCGCUGCCGCUCCGGGCCCGCUCGCCUUGCGCUAUGGACUGGCAGCCAGACGAGCAGGGCCUGCAGCAGGUCCUGCAGCUGCUCAAAGAUUCACAGUCGCCCAACACGGCCACGCAGCGCAUCGUGCAGGAUAAACUCAAACAACUCAACCAGUUUCCUGACUUCAACAACUACCUGAUCUUUGUCCUGACCAGACUCAAGUCAGAAGAUGAGCCAACUCGCUCUCUCAGUGGCCUCAUUCUCAAGAACAAUGUGAAGGCACAUUACCAGAGCUUCCCGCCGCCCGUGGCUGAUUUUAUCAAACAGGAGUGUCUCAACAAUAUUGGCGACGCCUCCUCGCUCAUCCGAGCCACCAUCGGCAUUCUGAUCACCACCAUCGCUUCCAAGGGCGAACUGCAGAUGUGGCCCGAGCUGCUGCCUCAGCUGUGCAACCUGCUCAACUCGGAGGAUUACAACACUUGUGAGGGAGCCUUUGGGGCCCUGCAGAAGAUCUGCGAAGACUCGUCUGAGCUUCUGGACAGUGAUGCCCUCAACAGGCCCCUCAACAUCAUGAUCCCCAAGUUUCUGCAAUUCUUCAAGCACUGCAGCCCCAAGAUCCGGUCCCAUGCCAUAGCCUGUGUGAACCAGUUCAUCAUGGACCGGGCCCAGGCACUGAUGGACAAUAUUGACACCUUCAUCGAGCACCUGUUUGCCCUGGCCGUGGACGAUGACCCCGAGGUGCGGAAGAAUGUAUGCCGCGCCCUGGUGAUGCUUCUGGAAGUGCGGAUUGACAGGCUCAUCCCCCACAUGCACAGCAUUAUCCAGUACAUGUUGCAGAGGACCCAGGACCAUGAUGAGAAUGUGGCCCUUGAGGCCUGCGAGUUCUGGCUGACGCUGGCUGAGCAGCCCAUCUGCAAGGAAGUCCUGGCCUCCCAUCUGGUCCAGUUGAUCCCCAUUCUGGUAAAUGGGAUGAAAUACUCGGAAAUUGACAUCAUCCUGCUCAAGGGGGACGUGGAGGAGGACGAAGCAGUCCCUGACAGCGAGCAGGACAUCAAGCCGCGCUUCCACAAGUCGCGCACAGUGACGCUGCCCCAUGAGGCCGAGAGGCCCGAUGGCUCCGAGGACACAGAGGACGAUGAUGACGACGAUGCUUUGUCCGACUGGAAUCUGAGGAAGUGCUCAGCAGCUGCACUGGACGUCCUCGCCAACGUCUUCCGGGAGGAACUGCUGCCCCACCUACUUCCCCUGCUCAAGGGCCUCCUCUUCCACCCCGAGUGGGUGGUCAAGGAGUCAGGCAUCCUGGUGCUGGGUGCCAUUGCUGAGGGCUGCAUGCAGGGCAUGGUGCCCUACCUACCUGAGCUGAUCCCGCACCUCAUCCAGUGCCUGUCAGACAAGAAGGCCCUGGUGCGGUCCAUUGCCUGCUGGACGCUGAGCCGCUACGCCCACUGGGUGGUCAGCCAGCCGCCCGACAUGCAUCUCAAGCCUUUGAUGACAGAGCUGCUCAAACGCAUCCUGGAUGGCAACAAGAGGGUGCAGGAGGCAGCCUGCAGUGCCUUUGCUACCCUGGAGGAGGAGGCCUGCACAGAGCUGGUGCCCUACCUCAGCUACAUCCUGGACACCCUUGUCUUUGCCUUCGGCAAGUACCAGCACAAGAACCUGCUCAUCCUCUACGACGCCAUCGGCACCCUGGCCGACUCUGUGGGCCACCACCUCAACCAGCCGGAGUACAUCCAGAAGCUGAUGCCCCCACUGAUCCAGAAGUGGAAUGAGCUCAAGGAUGAGGACAAGGAUCUCUUCCCCCUGCUGGAGUGCCUGUCAUCAGUGGCCACCGCCCUACAGAGCGGCUUCCUGCCCUACUGCGAACCCGUCUACCAGCGCUGUGUCACCCUGGUGCAGAAGACACUGGCCCAGGCCAUGAUGUACACCCAGCACCCCGAGCAGUAUGAGGCUCCCGACAAGGACUUCAUGAUCGUGGCACUGGACCUGCUCAGCGGCCUGGCCGAGGGCCUGGGGGUCCACGUGGAGCAGCUCGUGGCCCGCAGCAACAUCAUGACACUGCUUUUCCAGUGCAUGCAGGACUCAAUGCCCGAGGUCCGGCAGAGCUCCUUCGCCCUCCUGGGAGACCUCACCAAAGCCUGCUUCAUACACGUCAAGCCCUGUAUCGCCGAGUUCAUGCCCAUCCUGGGCACCAACCUGAAUCCUGAGUUCAUCUCUGUCUGCAACAAUGCCACCUGGGCCAUCGGUGAGAUCUGCAUGCAGAUGGGGGCAGAGAUGCAGCCAUACGUGCAGAUGGUCCUCAACAACCUGGUGGAGAUCAUUAACCGACCCAACACGCCCAAGACGCUGCUGGAAAACACAGGUCGCCUGACGAGUCCCUCUGCCAUUCCAGCCAUCACCAUCGGCCGCCUGGGCUACGUGUGCCCACAGGAGGUGGCACCCAUGCUGCAGCAGUUCAUUCGGCCUUGGUGCACAUCCCUCAGGAACAUCAGGGACAAUGAGGAGAAGGACUCAGCCUUCCGGGGCAUCUGCAUGAUGAUUGGCGUCAACCCUGGGGGCGUCGUGCAGGACUUUAUUUUCUUCUGUGACGCUGUAGCCUCCUGGGUGAGCCCGAAGGAUGACCUUCGGGACAUGUUUUAUAAGAUUCUCCAUGGCUUCAAAGACCAAGUGGGAGAGGAGAACUGGCAGCAGUUCUCUGAGCAGUUCCCACCGCUGCUCAAGGAGAGGCUGGCGGCCUUCUACGGGGUCUAGGCGAACAGAGAGACCACCAGGUUUCUGUCUGCAUCGUCGUCGGAGGGAUUGCUGGGGAGCGCGCUGCGUCCAGAAGUCGCUGUGCCCUGGUCGAGGGGGGUUAGGGAGGAGUGAGUGGGACCCAAAUCCAGAUGCCUUCCCUGUCCGUCCAUCCGUCCACCUGCCCUGCCAGCCCUGUCUGGCCAGUGGGCGGGCAGGUGGGUGGCGCCUCCAUGCUCAUCCUACAAACUGGGAGGGGGGUGGGACUUCUUGGUGGGUAAGGGCCCCUGGGCUCUAAUGGGGUCAUCUCAGGCAGCUCACUUGGGCCAGCCACGUGGGAGGGAGGUAUCAACACGGCCGACCAAAUCCGGCUUCAGAUGAGGCAAGGGAAAAGCAGGCGGGGAGGGGGGGGUCCUUGUAGACGCGUCCACUCCCAUGUGCACACACGUGGCCACACGCAUGUGCGGGCGCUGCAGCCGGCAAGGCUGGGCCAGCCGCCCCACCAUUUCCCCGACUGCAUGGAGACAGUAGAAUUAGUGAACCCCUGAGUUAGCCUGUAAGGCCUUCCGUGUAACCUGCAUCUAGAGUUUAAGAAGCUUCUGCUGUUUUGCCAGAACUGGCGGUGAUUGGGGAGGGCUGGGUGGGUUGGGGGCCUCAGCCGAGACCCCAGGGCGGGGGGAGGAGGACAGCCACCUUGGGGUUGCCCUGUCAGCACGCACAUGCUUUGGACCUGCUCCACACACUUCCUGCCAGCUUAGUGGCAGCCUCAGCCAGUGUGUCCCCGUCCUUGUCCCAUCCUAGCCACUAGGGUGGGGACUGCUGGAGUGGCUGGGGCUGGCCAGAGCCUGCCUGCCCCCUCUCCCCUGUGCUCCAGCAGCUUUUCAAGAUGCUGGGCGGGGACCUUUUUCCUGAAGAGAUCUGGGGGCAGCCAGAGCUGCUGGCGUCUACCCCCGGUAAGCAGCUUCAAGGGCAGCUCGUCCCUCUGUGUUUCUGAGAGCCCCCUUCUCAAGGUCCAGGCCCAAAUUUUAACUCGAGGGCCAUAGGAGGGGCAUUUAAUUGAUGAUGACAGAAUACAAAUGCUCACGCUUUGCCAGCAAGAAGGAAACCCGAGGGCUUGGAGGAGGCAAAAGGUGGUGCACUCCCUUCCCUCCACUAUGUCGCCCUGAGACUUUGUGCUCAUCACGUGCCCCGUGGGCCCAGAGACCCCACCAGACUAGGGCAGCUAGAGAGCCCUCUGGGAUGGCUUGGGGGUGUGGUCACGGUGGGAGUGGCUCCCGUAGAGAGGAGUGGGUGUACUUACUUCCCAGUUGGCUGGGAAACCGGGCCCUGAAGCCCCCUGAACUAUUAUUUUCCUUUUUUUCCUUCCCUGCUUUUGACUUCUUUGGGGGCCCCUGUGUUUUGGGAUUUGACUGGAGUCCUGCAUGCUGGGGUUUGCUCCAUCCAUCCCUCCGAGGCCCUAGACCCUGCCCCCAUCCUAGCCCUGUGUCUUCUCUCAUACAGGGUCAGGCCCUGCCUCUAUUCCAAGGGGCACCUAGUGCACAUUCCAUAACUCAGCUGGUUUCUCCCCCACCAUGAAACCUGAGCAGGUCUCUGGAAACCAUUUGUUUAAAAAAAAAAAAAAAAAAAAAAAGUUUUUUUAAUACCAUUACAUUUUCUGGUAAUUCCAGUUAUGUGGAGCAUCCUCUGCUGGGUCUUGGGGUGUGUGGAUGGAUUGGCUGAUGGGAUUGGUAGCCCCCUCUCCACCCAAGUUGGGAGGCUCCAAACACCUGCAGGGAAGGGGAGCCUGGUUCUUCUUUUCUUUCUUUUUUUAAAUAAGAAAGCUAUUUAAUUUUUUAAUUUAUUUUUGGUUGGUUUUUGCACAACGAAGUUUCAGCUUCUCAACCUUCUUCCUUGCCCAGGGCUGUGGACCCAGACUGGCCUUGAUCCGCAGUCCCUCUUUCCCUGUUUCCUGAGUCCCUCCUGUUCACCCUCUUCCCCUGCGGGCUCCCGGAUUUGUCCAUUUGUUACUGUGCUGUGCUGGGGAUUGGCGCCGAGGUGGCGUGAGAUUCCACUUGUGUAGAACUUUGU